CGCACGCACGCAACUCGAGGCCCAGGGGCCAGGGCUCGAACCUUCUCUCCUCCGCCUCGGGGCUUCGCCUUCCUUCCUCCUCGCCUCCACGCGAACGAUACCGAAGCCCGAAUCAAUCCUCCAGGCUCCCAGCCCCCUUCCAGCCCUCCCUUCUCGAGGCGCCCCGCGUGGCCGAGGUCCGAUCCGACUCCCUCUCCGGAGACGCCGCCUCCCGCCUCCUGGUCUCGUCGGUCCCGCCCCCUCGCUUCUAGGGUCGGUCGGUCGGUUGGUUCCCGAUGAGGGGGUUGCUGGCGGUGGAGGCCGCGGGCGCGGCGGCCUCGUCCUCGGUGCUCAACGGCGCCGUCGACUGGUGGCGCGACGUCAACGAGUCGCCGCUGUGGCAGGACCGCAUCUUCCAAGCGCUCGCCGUGCUUUACGGCUUCGUCUCCGCCGUCGCGCUGGUGCAAUUGAUCAGAAUCGAGUGCAGGGUGCCUGAGUAUGGGUGGACGACGCAGAAGGUGUUCCAUUUCCUCAACUUCCUCGUGAACGGCGUGCGGUCUGUCGUGUUUGUGCUGCGGCGCAAUGUGCAAGUCCUAGAGCCUGAGAUAAUACAACAUGUGCUUCUCGAUAUGCCUGGGCUUGCGUUCUUCACGACAUAUGCACUUUUGGUGUUGUUCUGGGCAGAGAUUUAUUAUCAGGCACGUGCGAUGUCGACUGAUGGGCUUAGGCCAACUUUCUAUUGGAUCAAUGGCGUGGUAUAUGCAAUUCAGAUAAUUCUAUGGUUGGUUUUGUGGUGGAAACCAGUUCGAAUUAUGGUCAUCUUGUCAAAGAUGUUCUUUGCAGGUGUAUCACUAUUUGCAGCUCUCGGGUUUCUUCUCUAUGGUGGAAGGUUAUUCCUGAUGUUGCAGCGUUUCCCCGUAGAAUCAAAAGGAAGGCGUAAGAAAUUGCAGGAGGUUGGCUAUGUGACUACCAUCUGCUUUUCUUGUUUCUUGAUCAGAUGUGUCAUGAUGUGCCUUAACGCAUUUGAUAAGGCUGCAGAUCUUGAUGUUCUGAACCAUCCAAUCCUGAACUUCUUCUAUUACUUGCUGGUUGAGAUUGUGCCUUCAGCACUGGUUCUCUUCAUUCUACGGAAACUUCCUCCAAAGCGAGGGAUCACGCAAUAUCACCCAAUCCAUUAAGAGAGCAGGCCCUGGGCGACAGGCAAAAUUCUUAUGGAUAGUCGAUACAGCGUGGUAAAUACAGAAAGGCGGAGUGAAAAAGCUACCACCCUCGCGCUUGAGCUUGCCCAGCUUUUUAUACGAGGAAAGGCUUUAGAAAUCCCAGGUUGCUAUUGUGUGUAAAAAUGCAAUCUCCUCUCAGAUUUAGAAAGUGUUAACUUAUAUAACUUUGUUCAACCCAGUGCACACCAUUUGUACCCAUCGCUGCAAUUGUUUGCAUGUCUAUUCCGCAGCAAUGAGUCUGUGCGCAA